CUAAGACAGUUCUAACAGUUUUAUUUCCCAGGCAUUUAAAAAUCUCUUCCCAUAAUUCCCUCUCAGGGUGUGUCUCAGCUAUAUCCCCGGCUGUCGCUGCCCAUAUUGACCAAACAAACCCAAAUGUCACAGAAUUCUGCCCAGGAAACUCCAAAAAGUUCAAGUGAAGAGAUGGCCAGCAAAGGUCAGCCAGUAGUUCCUGUAGUGAGACUCCUGCAUCACAAAAUGUGCCGGAAUGGGGAGUAUCCAGGAAGUAGAAUUCAGCGCUAUCCUGUUGAGGAUGCCUUGAUGAAGUGGAAGAAACCAUUCCCGGACUACCAACCGGCUUUCUACGAAUCGCCCCAUAUCGCGGGGAAACCAUGGUCAGAUCCCUCCAAGGACUCAGAUGACUUCAAGAAAAUCAAAUUCAACAAGCUAGAUGGGAAGGUUAAUAGGAUUUCCUACUUGGGAAAGUAUAAAACAUUUGAUGGGAUCCCACAGAAUCCUAUUGGACGGACAGGAAUCAUCGGGAGGGGACUUCUGGGUCGUUGGGGACCAAAUCACGCCGCUGACCCCAUCGUGACACGCUGGAAGAGGACGGAAAGUGGGGAAAUUGUGAGGAAUCAGCGCACAGGACUUGGGUAUCUUCAGAUGUGCGCCAUCAAGCGCAAGGAUUGCGGGAAGUGGGCCAUUCCCGGGGGGAUGGUGGAUCCAGGAGAGAACGUAACGGCCACACUGAAGAGGGAAUUCGCCGAGGAGGCCCUCAGCAUGAAUGCAGCUCCCAUGGAAGUGGAGGUGUUCUUCAAACUAGCCGGGAAGGAGGUCUACAGGGGCUACGUGGAUGAUCCCCGGAAUACAGAUAAUGCCUGGAUUGAGACACUCGCAAUGAAUUUUCACGAUGAAAACGGGGACAUGGUGGGGAGGUUCAACUUCAAGGCAGGAAGUGAUGCUGCUCGUGUUGUCUGGAAGGACAUUGACCGGAAUGUUGAUCUCUACGCCAACCAUUCAACCAUGCUCAAGCAGGUGGCUGAGAAUCUCAGCGCUCAAUGGUGAAUUCUACAUUUUUUUCAUUUAUUCUUUAAUUUCCAAGUCAUUUUAUCAUUUAAUAUAAAUUUUACAUUAA